AUGUCCAUCCUUGUUAAUGGGAGUGCUACCAACGAUUUUAGUGUGGAGAAAGGUCUUAGGCAAGGUGAUCCCUUGUCUCCGUUUGUGUUCGUUUUAGUCAUGGAGGCUCUUACGGCCUUAAUGAAGAAAUCAAAGGAGCUAGGUGAAUUCUGUGGCUUUAGUUUCAAGGGUGACGAGGAGGUGGAUAAGUUACAAUUUGCGGAUGAUACUAUUAUUUUGGCGGAAGGAGAUACCGCGAAUUUAUGGAGUAUGAAAGCUAUCCUUAGAGAUUUUAAAAUGUUGUCGGGCUUACGGAUUAAUUUUCACAAGAGUAAUCUUUAUGGAAUUAAUGUGGGAGAUUGGUUUUUGGAAGCGGCUUCAUCCUUCGUAUCUUGA